UUUUUUUUAUUUUCCUCCCCCUUUUUUUUUUAUAUAUAUUUAUUUAGAUUCUCUUCAUAUCAGAAAUGACUGAACAAAUAGAAUGGCCUGUUAACAAGGUUCGAUCAACCUUCAUUAAAUACUUUGAGGAAAAUGGUCACAAAUUCAUUCCUUCGUCUUCAACUGUUCCUCACGAUGAUCCUACUCUUUUGUUCGCCAAUGCUGGUAUGAAUCAGUAUAAACCUAUUUUCUUAGGUACUCUUGAUCCUAAUUCUCCUUUGGCUAAUGUCAAGCGUGCUUGCAACUCUCAAAAGUGUAUCCGUGCUGGUGGUAAACAUAAUGACUUGGAUGAUGUUGGUAAAGAUACUUAUCACCAUACCUUUUUCGAAAUGUUGGGUAAUUGGUCUUUUGGCGACUAUUUUAAAAGAGAAGCUACCAAGUUUGGUUGGGAAUUUUUGACUAAAGUUAUUAAUCUUCCUGAAGACCGUCUUUAUGUCACUUAUUUCGGUGGUGAUGAAAAGUUGGGACUUCCUGCUGAUCUUGAAGCUAAGCAAAUGUGGAUGGAUCUUGGUGUUGAAGAAAAGCGUUUAAUUCCUGGUGAUGUCAAGGAUAACUUUUGGGAAAUGGGUGAAACUGGUCCUUGUGGUCCUUGUUCUGAAAUUCACUUUGACCGUAUUGGUGGUCGUGACGCUGCUCAUUUAGUUAAUCAAGACGAUCCUAAUGUUAUUGAAAUCUGGAAUCUUGUGUUUAUGCAAUUCAAUAGAGAACAAGAUGGUUCACUUCGUCCUUUGCCUAAUCAACAUAUUGAUACAGGUAUGGGUCUUGAACGUCUUGUUUCUAUUCUUCAAGACAAACUCUCCAAUUAUGAUACCGACUGUUUCCAACCUUUAUUUGUAAAGAUUCAGGAAUUAACAGGCGCUAGACCUUAUACUGGUUUAUUGGGUGAGGAAGAUAAGGAUGGUAUUGAUACUGCCUAUCGUGUUGUUGCGGAUCACAUUAGAACUUUAACUUUUGCUAUUUCGGAUGGAGGUGUUCCUAGUAAUGAAGGUCGUGGUUAUGUUUUGAGACGUAUUUUGAGACGUGGUGCUCGUUAUGUUCGUAAAUACUUUAAUGUUCCUAUCGGUACCUUCUUUUCAUCUCUUGUUGAUACCUUAGUACUUCAAAUGAAUGAAGCUUAUCCUGAAUUAGCCAAGAAAGCAGAUGAUGUGAAGGCUAUUCUUGACGAAGAAGAAGUUGCUUUCUCCAAGACCUUGGACCGUGGUGAAAAGCUCUUUGAAGGUUACAUGAAGAAGACGAAAGAAUCCGGUUCAUCUGUCUUAUCGGGUGAUGACGUUUGGAGACUUUAUGAUACUUAUGGUUUCCCUGUCGAUCUUACUCGUAUCAUGGCUGAAGAAAAUGGAUUACAAGUCAACGAAGCACAAUUUGAAGCUGCUCAAGAAGCCGCUAAGAAUAAGUCUCGUAAAGUGAAAGGAGGUGACAAUGGUCAAGGCGUUGUUGCCCUUGAUGUUCAUGAUCUUGGUGCACUUGAUGCCAAUGAUGCUGUUCCCAAGACAGAUGAUCGUUACAAGUACUUGCCCGGUAACGUUCAAGCUCAAAUCAAGGCUAUCUUUUUCGAACACAAUUUCCUCAAUGAUACUAAGGAUAUUCCUGAAGAUCGUAACUUUGGUCUCUUGCUGGAUAAGACCAACUUUUACGCUGAAUCUGGUGGACAAGAAUAUGAUACUGGCUCGAUUAUUACUUUAGAUGCUAAUACUGAAUUUGUUGUCGAAGAUUGUCAACUCUUUGGUGGUUAUGUUCUUCACAUUGGUCAUCUCAAAUAUGGUCAACUCUCUGUUGAUGAUAAGGUUGAAUUAUCUUAUGAUGAUUUACGUCGUUUCCCCUUGAGAAAUAACCAUACCGCUACUCACAUUCUUAACUUUGCUCUUCGUGAAGUUCUUAAGGAUGAGGUUGAUCAAAAGGGUUCUCUUGUUGCUCCUGAAAAACUUCGUUUUGAUUUCUCAUGCAAAAACCCUGUCAAUGUGAAACAAUUAGAAGAAAUUGAAAAGAUCUCGAAUGAUUUUGUAAAUAGAAACCUUAAAGUAUAUGCCAAGGAAGUUCCAUUGUCAGUCGCAAAGGCCAUUCAUGGUUUAAGAGCUGUCUUUGGUGAAACUUACCCUGACCCGGUCCGUGUUGUCUCUAUUGGUUAUGAUAUUGAUGAAGUGAUCCAGGAUGUCUCUAAUCCCAAGUGGAAGGAAACCAGUAUCGAGUUCUGUGGUGGUACACAUGUUUCAAAGACAAGUGAUAUUAAAUACUUUGCCAUUCUCGAAGAAUCAGGUAUCGCUAAGGGUAUUCGUCGUAUUGUUGCUGUUACUGGAGAUGAAGCGGUGAGAGCACAACGUGAAGCUGAAUUAUUUGCAGUUAAAUUGGAUCAUUUAGAAAAGAUGAAGGGAGCUGAACUUGAAGCUCAAUUAAAGGUCGUCUCAAAGGAAUUGGAUACUGCCUUCAUUUCUGCUGUCUCUAAAGCACAAUUCCGUGAUCGAUUUGCGACUAUCAAGAAGGCAUUUGAUAAUGCUGAAAAGGCACGUAAAGCAGAACAAGUGAAGGAAGCUACUGAGAUUGUCAAGAAGUACUUUGAAGAGAAUCCUGAUGCCGCUUAUUUUGUUACAGAGUUAUCAGUAGGUAAUAACUCCAAGGCCCUUGGUGGUGCUAUCAACUAUGUUAAAUCCAACUUGAAGGAUAAAGCAGUUUAUGUCAUGAGUGGAGACAGUGUAACUGGACGUGUUUCACAUAACUGUAUUGUUGGUAAGAGCUUUAUUGAAAAGGGAUUCAAGGCCUCUGAAUGGGCUGAAGUUGUGAGUGCCAAGGUUGGAGGAAAGAAGGGUGGUAAAGAUGAUGCUGCACAAGGUUCUGGUGAUAAGCUUGAUGCUUUAUCUGAUGCCUUAAAGGCUGCUGAAGAAUUUGCCAAGUUAAAGAUUAGUGCUUAAAAAAAAAAUCAUUUCCAUGACUCAUAAUGUACACAUAAUACAAAUCUAUUUUAAUAAAAUUUUAAAGCAUUACAUAAUUCUAUA